AUGAUCGUGGUUCUUCAAUUCAUGGCGUUUUGCCUGUCUCUGGUCUCCACGCUGUUCCUCAUCGUGGCCACAUGGACAGACUGCUGGAUGGUCAACGCAGAUGACAGCUUGGAGGUCAGUCAGAAGUGCAGAGGGCUGUGGUGGGAGUGUGUCACCAACACUCAGGAUGGCAUCCGGACAUGUGACCAGUAUGACACGAUAUUAGCAGAGCAUCCUUUGAAGAUUGUGCUGACCCGUGCGCUGAUGAUCACAGCGGACAUCCUGGCCAGCUUCGCACUCAUCAUCUUGAUGCUGGGUCUGGACUGUGUGCGCUUCCUGAAGGAAGAGCCCCACAUUAAACUGAGGAUGUGCUACAUGGCAGGCUUCAUAUUCGGGGUAGGAGGGAUCCCUGGGAUGAUUGGCUCGGUGUGGUAUGCUGUGGAUGUGUAUGUGGAGAGAGCCACUCUCGUUUUAAAGAACGUCUUCUUAGGGAUUCACUAUGAAUUUGGCUGGUCCUGCUGGCUUGCGAUGGCUGGAUCAACAGGCUGUUUUCUAGCUUCUAUUGUACUAACCUGCUGCCUUUAUAUUUUUAGAGAUGCCAGAUCUUCGCGAUAUAACAGGUCCAUAUAUCAUUACGGAAGGACAGCAGCUGGAAAGAUAUAUGCAAUGGAUUCCCGAGUGUAG